AUGGUUGGAAAGGCAGCUAUCCAUAAUGCUUUUCUAACUGUUGGAGUUGUUGCAGGCUAUCCACACGGCAUAGUGUCAAGAAAAUUACAAAAUCCUUUACAUAGAAAAUUAUUUCAUUUGAUAUGCGGCUUAGCUCUUUGCUAUGCCUUAUAUGGGCCAAGCUUUUUGAUAGUAUUUAUAGGCGACUUGAUUGUUUAUCUUACGUUUUUUCUUCCAAAUCCAUUCAUUCUCGUUGGUGCUUUAAUUCCGAUAGCAGAAAUCUUCUACAUCCACUACACACGUCUUAACACAAUUGGUGAUUGGACUUCUGACCUUUCCGGCUUGAUUAUGUUCUCAGCUUUGCGUUUAAUCAUGACAACUUUCAACGUAUUUGAUGGUCGUAAGGAACUCAAACGUGAAAAUUGGAAGAAGAUGGCAUUGUCAUCACCUCCACCCAUUUUUGAUUUCUUUGUUUACUUAUUUAGCUAUUCUGGCCUAUAUUCAGGCCCUAUUGUUCCAUUUUCCGCAUUUAAAGAGAUACUUGAAAUGAAAUCAACACCAGAAGAAGUUUCCAAUGACAUUAAAGCAGGUCUCAAGCCAUUCUUACUCAGUUUACUUAAUGGAUUCUUUUAUGCAAUUUGCAUUAAAGUAUUUCCAACAAAAAUGAUUCUAGAAGACAAAUUUUACGAACGCUCGUACUUUUUACAAGUAGUAAUUGCCAUUCUUUACUCUUAUUUCCAUACAUCGAGAUAUCGAUUUGCUUGGCUCGGCGGCGAAGCAGCCUUAGCAUGCCAGGGAGCACAGAGAGUACAAACAUACGAUAUCCAGUACUGCAGAUCCUUCCGUCCUGAGUUUUACUACACCCAAAGACAACUUGGCGGAUUAGUUAAUGAAUGGAACCAUUCUGUUCAUUUCUUCCUCAAAGAAUUCAUCCACGUCAGAGUUCUUUCCAUCGGUGGCUCGAAUACCGUUGCAAAGUUCUGUACUUACAUGUUUUCCGCGUUUUGGCACGGUUUUUAUCCUGGAUAUUAUGUCUACGCGAUGGUUGUUUUCUCCAACGCUUUUGUCGACUCGAUCAGGUUCAAACUCUUCUCCCCUCUACUCGAGAGCACUGUUGGAACGAAGGUCGCGACAAUCUUGGACUGUGUUUACACCCAAUCAAUGAAUUUGUACCAAGGAGCUGGAUGGGAUUUGCUUUGGUUGAGUCCUUACUUCUAUUUCUUGAAGAGAACAAAGUUUGGACCUUUCCUAUUGGAGUUCGCACUUAUAGCAGUUGGUUAUACAUUCAGAGUAUUGUCACCAAAAAAGAAAAUAGAGAAAAAGGAUUAA